AUGGCAAGCUCGAUAUUGAAUUCGGGCAGUGGAUAUAAUUUUAAAGUUGUUCUACUUGGUGAAGGUUGUGUAGGUAAAACUUCUGUAGCUCUCAGAUACGUUGAAGAUAAAUUUAAUGAUAAACAUUUAACAACUGCGUCAUUUCUUAAUAAAAAAUUAAAUAUUAACUCUAAAAGAGUAAACCUCGCAAUAUGGGACACUGCCGGCCAAGAAAAAUUUCAUGCUCUAGGACCAAUAUAUUAUAGAAUGUCAAAUGGAGCCAUAUUAGUGUAUGAUAUUACUGACGAAGACACAUUUCAAAAAGUGAAGAGUUGGGUUAAAGAACUGAAAAAAAUGCUCGGAGACGAUGUAUGUCUAGCAAUCGCUGGAAAUAAAGUAGAUCUUGAGAAAGAUCGUAAUGUUCCUAUCGAAGAAGCUGAAGAAUAUGCAAAACAAGUUGGUGCAGUGCAUUUUCAUACUUCUGCAAAGCAGAAUAGAAAUAUUGAAGAAAUGUUUUUGGAUUUAACGAAGAGAAUGAUGGCCCAUGCAGAUGAAAUUGAACAAAAAAAAUCUAGUCUAAGUCGAGUUAACAGUAAUAGAAGAAAUGUUGUUGUUGUUGAAGAUGAUGUAGAACAAACUCAGUCUACUAGAUCAUCUUGUUGUGGAGGCUCGACACAUCAUUAA